AUGAGCCUCCAACUCCCAGCUCUCCUCCCGCACCUCCUCAAGGACUGCUCCCGCAAGCAGCUCGACCAGAUCCAUGGCCUGCUCCUCACGUCCUCCUCCCUCCACCGCCUCCCCGCCCUCCUCGUCCGCCGCGCCACCGAGCUCGGCGACAUGGCCCACGCGGACCUUCUAUUCUCCUCGUUCCGGGAGACCGAGGUCCCCGACGUCGUGCUCUACAAUGCCAUGAUCCGGGGAUGCGCCUACCACGGGCCCCACGAGCGCGCCCUUGAGCUGUUCGGCGAAAUGCCGCGUCGGGGCCUCGCCCCCGACAGCUUCACCUACCCGUACGUCGUGGACGCGUGCGCUAGGCUGAGGAUGUGGCGGCGCGGCGAGGAGGUGCACUGUCAGGUGCUGAAGGAGGGGGUUGAUGCCGUGCCAGCCGUCGGCAGCUCGCUGCUCGCGUUCUACGUCGCCCGUGGCUCGCUGGGCGACGCGAGGAGGGUGUUCGACGGCUUUCAUGUCAAGUCCGUGGGCUUGUCGAACAGGAUGAUGUCGGAGUACAUCAAGGUUGGAGACGUCAAGUCGGCGCAGGAGUUGUUCGAUGCAAUGGUGGAUAAGGACGUCGUGUCAUGGAAUUCGAUGCUCGCUGCCUAUGUCAAGGUGUCGGACAUUGUGGCAGCAAAGGAGCUGUUUGCGACAAUGGCAGUGAAGAACAUCGUGUCAUGGACAACGAUGCUCAGGGCACUAUCCGAUGCAGGGGAUUUCGUCGGCAUGAGGAGCCUGUUCAACCGGAUGCCUGAAAGGAACCUGGUGUCGUGGAACUGCAUCCUCUCGAGUUACACUCGGCAUGGGAGAUUCCGGCAGGCCCUCCAGUUGUUUCCCAGGAUGCUGCUUGAAGGAUUCAUCCCUGACAGCUUCACUGUUGUCUCGGUUCUAUCGGCUUGUGAGAACUUGAGAAAGCUGAGGCUGGGCAGAUGGAUCCAUGCCAACCUGGUGAUUCCGGCGCUCCAGGUCCAUGCUGAGGUUGGGACAGCCUUGGUUGAAAUGUAUGCCAUGUGCGGCGAUAUUGCCCGUGCAUUGGUUGUCUUCUUCAAGAUGGACAGGAAGGAUGUAUUCUCCUGGAACGUUAUGAUCAGAGCACUCGCUGUGCAUAGCAGAGCAGAUGACGCCUUCAGGCUGUUUGAUCUCAUGAGGAAACAAGAUUUCCGGCCCAACCAUUUCACCUUCAUGGGCGUCCUGCUGGCAUGCAGGUACGGCUCUCUUGUUGACGAAGGGCGCAGGGUAUUUGACAUGAUGCAGAGGGACUAUGGCAUUCGGCCCUCACUGCAGCACUACGGUUGCCUGAUCGAUUUGCUCUCCCACAACGGCCAUGUCGACGAAGCAGUGACCGUGCUGCAGGGCAUGCCUUGUCAACCUAAUUCUGAAGUCUGGAGGGCACUGCUUGGCGGGUGCAGGAUUCAUGUUGGCCUCGGAUCUGCCGAGAGGCCACGGCGAGUGUAA